AUGCGUUUACCUGCGCUUCUCUAUCAUUUGUGUAUUUACAUAACUAUGAAUGUAAAUCUUUUCCUUGUGUUUGUUAUUUUUUUUUUAAGGAAUGCAGCGAAAAAAAUUGAAAAUACGAAAUUAUUGUUUAGUGGUAGAAAAAAGGUAUCUUUUCAAAAUAAUAUACAGAGGAAACAAAAUGGAGGUAGAAAUAAUCACUUCUUUAUAAAAAGAAAAAAAAGAGGGGAAUCGAACAAUAGAAGGAAUACAUGGCCAUUCGGUAGCAUCAUGAGCGUUAAAAACAGUUCGUCCCCUAAAUUAAAUGAAGGAGUAAAGAGCGUAAAAGAAAAUAUAAUUCUUUUUUUUAAAAGAGACAAAAACAUCAUAGAGAGAUUAAAAGUUUUAAAUGAAAAGGAAAGUAUUUGGUUUAUGACAGGUUAUGCAAAAAAUGUAUUCAGUCAUCAUUCUUUUUACAAUAUUGUCGGUUUUGAAGAAAUAAAAGAGAUAUCUCCAAACAAAUUAUCCUUAACUAAUAAAAUAAAUUUUAACGAUUUAUUAAGCAAAAAAAUUAACCAUAAAGAUAGUAUUAAAAAUGAUAGCUAUUCAAUAGUUAAUGCUUAUAAAGUGAAAAAGUAUGUAAUUUUUUUUAAAAAUGAAAAUAAAAAUAAUGAUGUGGUUAGUAAUAAUAAUGGUAAGAAUGAUUCUACGAAGGAUUUUAUUUUAUUUACGUACAUGUAUUUUAUUUUUUACAUAUAUGAUAAAGAAGGGAAAACGUUUUACAUAUAUGCAAAUAAUUUGAAUAAGGACCAUAUCAUAUAUGAGAUAAAUGAAUUAAAUAGUGAAAACCUUUUUAAUUUUUUCGAUAGCAAGAUAUGUAAUAAAAAAGAUUUAAAAAAUAUAAGUGUCAUAUCAUUAAUUAGGAAAAAUAAUACUUUAAAAAAUAUAGUAGAAAAUAUUUCCACAAACGAACUUCUAAAUGUUAAUAAUUAUACUAAUAAGUUUAACUCUUACUUGAAAAAGUUAUUUCAUAUGUGUAAUAAUUCAGACAUAUUGUUAGAAAAUAAAAUUAACGUAAAACAGAGGCAACCGUGUAUUACUUUAAUUUAUGGAAACAAAAAUUUUAUGCUUAAGGGGAAAACCUAUUUUGAAUAUUUAAAAAACUUUUUUCUUAAAAAUGAAGAAGACAAAAAUUUGUUUGAAAAUAUUUUUUUAAAUAACAAGGGGUACAAAUUUUAUAUUCAGAAUGACUUAAAUGAUAAUUCUUCUUAUAUUUUGAAAUGUACAAAAAUUACGAAAAAGAAGUUCGAUCAAUUACAUAAGUCUAUUACAAAUUUUGAUAAUAAAAAUUGUACUACUAAGGACCCUUUUUUUACAUAUAGUAAAAUAUUGUUUGACAUAUACAAAAAUAAGAGUGACAAUGAAAAGAAAAAAAAAGGACACUCCUGUGGAGAAAAUUACUGUGAAAGGAGUAUUUAUAUUAAUAUUGGAGCUAACGAUUAUAUGGUAGAUAAUAACUUGCCUAUAUUGAAAAAAGCGGACGAGACUCUGUUGUUCAGUGUGACAAAACAUUUUUUGAAUUAUUUAGUAUCAUGCAUACAUAUGUAA